AUGUCUGUAACAACAACAAUACUGUUACCUUACCUCGUCAGUGUCACCACUCGACUGGAAAAAAGAUUGAGAUUUCAUAAGAACGUGCUGGACAUGAUUUGA